UUCUACACAUAAAAAAUAUACUACAAAAACAGAGCAGCAAAAUCUUGUGAUUCCCAGUGGUUCCAACUUCCAAUCAUCACAAUUCCUCUGUUUCCAACCUACAAAUUCCUCACUUUCUCCCUCAAAAUCUCUUCAAUUCAUAAAUCAUCAUCACCAGAUCAAAAUUCUCAACUCAAUUUCUCAUCAAUUCAACCUCAAUUUCAUCCAAAUCAAACAAACCCCAAAACAGAGCAUACACUAUUCAACCAAAAUGUCUGGAUUACGGAGAUGUAGAAACCUUCGAGACGUCAUAUUCACCACAAGAUCACCUUCAUCCUACACAUCGAACCGUCAAUUCAUAAAAUUAACCGCCGGAGUUGACCCUCCGUACAGUCGCCGGAGAUCAUUGAUCGGCAGUCAGGCUCGGUACAAAUGGGAGAACAACAACUACAACAACAACAACAACAACAAUAAUAAUAGCAGUAAAACGACGUCGUUUUUUGUAACAAGGAGGAUCAAGGCGGAAGUUAACUGCCCUAAUUGUAGCAAACUAAAAGUUCAGGUUUUUUCCGAUGAUUGCCACGUCAUCCGGCCACCAGUAAGUUCUAAUUUUGUUCCCGGAGAUGAGUGGGAAACGACGCCGUUUAGAAAAGGGGAUAAUAAUAAUCAGGAGGUGAGUGUGAGUUUGUGCCCUAAUUGUAAAUCUGCUUAUUAUUUCCAUCCGGAUAAGAUGGGCCCACUUCAGGGUAAGUUUAAUGAAAUAGGUAAGGUUAGGUAUAAUAAUAAUAAUGGGAAUAGUAAGGAUAAAAAAGAUGUUGAUAGUGAAAUGGAUUAUGGGGAUAACAUUAGGGUUUUGUUUUGGGAAGAGACAUUGCGGGCGGAGAACGAGAAUUCUCCGCCCGCUGGUCCAUUGGCGGUGCAUGCUCCCCCUGGCCCGCCUUUUGCGCCAGGGGUUAAUGUGGUUCGCGCUCGUGGUGGUGGUGGUGAAAAUGGUAAUGGUGGUGAUGGAGAGAAGGGGAAGUGGGGCGGGUCGAAUUUGGGGAAGGAUUUGCCGACACCUAAAGAGAUUUUCGAGGGGCUUGAUGAGUUUGUCAUUGGUCAAACGCGGGCGAAAAAGGUGCUUUCUGUGGCUGUAUAUAACCAUUACAAAAGGAUAUAUCAUGCUUCGUCGAAGAAUGGGUCAGGAAUGGAAGAAGAUGACGAUAAUGUAGAGUUAGAGAAAAGCAAUGUUCUUUUAAUGGGCCCAACGGGCUCAGGAAAGACGUUACUUGCAAAGACCCUUGCUCGUUUUGUUAAUGUUCCUUUUGUCAUUGCGGAUGCAACGACAUUAACACAGGCUGGUUAUGUUGGUGAAGACGUUGAAUCUAUAUUACAUAAGCUACUUACGGUUGCUGAUUUCAAUGUUCAAGCAGCACAACAAGGGAUGGUUUACAUUGAUGAAGUUGAUAAGAUAACGAAAAAGGCUGAGAGCCAGAACAUUAGCAGAGAUGUUUCUGGUGAGGGCGUUCAGCAAGCUUUGCUUAAGAUGCUUGAAGGAACAAUUGUGAGUGUGCCUGAAAAAGGGGCCCGGAAGCAUCCUAGAGGCGAAAACAUUCAGAUAGAUACAAAAGACAUCCUUUUCAUUUGUGGUGGAGCUUUUAUCAAUUUGGAAAAAACCAUAUCCGAGAGACGACAGGAUUCUUCAAUUGGUUUUGGAGCACCUGUUCGUGCUAAUAUGAGAAGUGAUAGAGUGACUAAUGCUGCAGUGACAUCAUCUUUACUCGAAUCCGUUGAAAGUAGCGAUCUUAUUGCUUAUGGACUUAUUCCUGAGUUUAUAGGACGUUUUCCUAUUUUACUUAGUUUAUCAGCUCUAACUGAGGACCAACUUGUUCAGAUCCUCAUGGAACCAAAGAAUGCUCUUGGUAAGCAAUACAAGAAGCUGUUUCAGAUGAACAAUGUGAAACUACAUUUCACAGAAAAGGCCUUAAGGUUAAUCGCUCAAAAAGCAAUGGUUAAGAACACUGGUGCUAGAGGGUUAAGAGCCAUACUUGAAACUCUUCUAACCGAUGCUAUGUAUGAGAUUCCAGAUAUCAAGACAGGAAAUGAUCGAGUAGAAGCAGUGGUGAUCGAUGAAGAGUCGGUUGGGUCAAGUGAUAAACCGGGAUGCGGGGGAAAAAUUCUACGUGGUGACGGUGCAUUAGAUGAUUAUCUAGCAAAGACCAAGUGUAAAGAACAAGAGGAAGCAGACGGCCAACUGUUGGAAGGCGAAGAAGACGUCUCAUCAAAAGCCAUGAGCAUGUAAUUUGGUACAUAAUGUCUCCUUUGUUGAUCGCAUUGUAAAAACGGCUCCAUAAAUUGGUGUAAAUUAUGUCAUGUAGCACAAAAUAGCAUCUCAUUCGGGUCAAAGUGAUAAAUAGGAAAGAAAAUAAGAAAAACCUAUUGGCGAUACUCGAAAAUGUAAUUAUCCUAAACAAACUUCCAAAAUACUUCAUACAUAUUGCAGUUUGUUUUCGAGUUA